UUUAUUAUUUUUCAGCAAUAAGUAAAUUCAUUAAUAAUUUUGAUUUCAAUUUUAAGAGUUUACAAAAAUGCCGAAAAAGAAUAAAUCAAAUGCUGCUCAAAAGAAGUCAGCUGGCAAAGGAGCGGUUAAAAAGCAAACGAAGGGGCAAACCAAAUCUCCAAAGUCUGGUAAUAUUCCACCAGCUCCCGUAGCAAGAAAUGAGGAAUGCGCUGAUGAUACAGGCAUCGAUGUGAUGGAUAUAAGUUUGGAUAAGACAGCUUUAGAAAACAAGGAUGAUCAACACAAGGCGCAGUUGGCCUCUAUUGCCUCGAUGUCGACCCGUGUUGAUGAGCAUAUAAUAAAUAUUACGGCUUUGCAAAAGCAGUUGUCCGAACUUCAAUUGAAGCAAAUUAGUUUACUUGAUGGAUGCGUUAAUUUCUUUCACGAGCUUCAAACAUUCCAGGCCGAAGACGAAGAGGAAGAGAAACUUGUCCUGGAAACAUUUAUCGAGUUAAAAACUAAGGUUAAGAUUGUGUUUAAACAUUACUUGCCCACUGAAAUAGAUAUAUUGGAGCGCGAUAUGAAGAUGUUGCAAUUAAACAAUAGAAAACAAUUCUAGCUCGAAUAUGGUAUUCAGUUUUGUUAUAUGCAUUU